UUUAAUGGAGAAAAAGUUUUUCAACAAUGGGUUUCAUCAACUCUAUAAACCGUAAGCUUUGCCCAUUUAAGCUUAUCUUUAAUCUGUGAAUGCACUUUUAAAAAAUCUUCAUGAAUUUCAGAAGCGUGGCCACUUUGAUAGGGCUUGCAAGUUGCUCGAUCAAAUGCCAAGGAGAAACCUUGUUAGUUAUAAUUCACUGAUUUCUGGGUUUUCCCAGCACGGGUUUUACAAGGAAUCGGUACUCGUUUUCCAAAAAACACUGAAGGAAUGUAUGGUUAUUGAUAGUUGUACGGCUGUUGGUAUUGUUGGUGCUUGCGCUAGAUUAGGUGCUCUAAGAUUUUUAUGUCAAGUUCAUAGCUUUACGGUUGUUUUUGGUUUGGAUAUGAAUUUGAUUGUUUACAAUGCUUUGAUUGAUGCUUAUGGGAAAUGUGGGGAAGUGGAUACUGCGUAUAGGAUUUUCAAUCAAAUGAGUGAAAGGGAUGUGGUUUCAUGGGCUUCUAUGGUGGUUGCUUAUGCUAAAGCCUCAAGAUUGGAGGAUGCUUUUCGUGUAUUUAAGGAAACACCGAUUAAGAAUACACUAUCGUGGACUGGUUUAAUCACUGGUUUUGCUCAAAAUAGUUGUGGAAAGGAGGCGUUGGAUCUUUUUCGGCAGAUGUUGGAUGAAGGGGUGCAGCCUAAUGCUUACACAUUUGUUGCUGUUUUAAGUGCUUGUGCAGAUUUAGCACUUAUUGAGAAAGGUAAACAGAUCCAUGCGCACAUAGUUAGAGUUGGCAGCAGAGGUGAUUUUUUGAACCUGUUUGUAUUUAAUGCUUUAAUUGACAUGUACUGCAAGUACGGAGACAUGAACUCAGCUAAAUUACUGUUUGAGAGGAUACAUGAGAAGGAUAUUGUUUCAUGGAACUCAUUAAUAACCGGGUUUGCUCAAAACGGGCAUGGAGAGGACUCACUUAUUGUGUUCAGAAUGAUGAUAGAGGCAAAUGUAAGGCCAAAUCACGUAACAUUUCUCAGGGCAUUAUCUGCUUGUUGUCAUGCAGGUCUAAUCUCUGAAGGAAUGAAGAUUUUGGACUUGAUGGAAAAGGAUUUCGGUGUGACCCCUAGGUCUGAUCAUUAUGCAAUCUUGAUUGAUUUGCUUGGAAAGAAAAACAAGCUUAAGGAGGCCAUGAAUAUGAUUAAGAGAACUCUUAAUGGAACGAAUUGUGUUGGCAUAUGGGGUUCGCUUUUAGGUGCUUGUCGGAUCCAUGAUAACUUAGGUCUUGCUAGGCAGGCAGCGGAGGCUCUGUUUGAACUGGAACCAAAAAAUGCUGCCAGAUAUAUAAUGUUAUCAAAUGUCUAUGCGGCAGCUAGAAGAUGGGAUGAUUCCCGAGCAGUGAAAAGGCUCAUGGAGGAGAGAGGUCUAAGAAAAGAAGCUGCUUAUAGUUGGAUUGAGGUGAGGAAUGUACGACAUGAGUUUGUGGUGAAAGAUGAGGGCCAUUCUCAGAUUGAAAAGAUAUAUGAAUUGAUCAUCAUGCUAGUAGAUCAUAUGAAGGAUGUUGGAUACGAACCUCUGAGAGAUGAUACUUUGUUUCCUGAUGAAGAUGAAAUUAUUUGCUGCUAACUGCCUUCGAGCUACCCAUUGCAUCCUUGACACCUUUCUUCUUUAUGCAAAUCCCAAAAUUUGGUUUGGGGGAUGCCUCGUAUAGAGAUUCUGCAACUGAUCGUGAAGCCCUUGCUAAGAAUCAGCUCGAGAUUUAUUUGUCAUUUUACUAUCUUCUGCUAUCAGAAGCCUGUAUAAUCUGGUAAUGUUGAGUUCUAGCCAUUCUAUUUGCACUUUGGUUCAAGGCACAGAAAGCAGUAUGAAAUCGUCUGCUUUUAGCAUCGGAUUCACACAUUAUUUUUUUUCUUGAUAUGACAUUCAUUGAAUGGCUGUGAUGUCAUUCACGAGUAAUUUCGUGUCAUAAUAUGACCCAUAAAUAGGGGUUUGAGCUCAUUAUUAACAACAGAUUAGCUACAAUUUGAGUAGACUGUUGUUCAGUUAUUGCAGCAUCAACCUUUUUCAAUGUGGUUGGUCUCUACAUAGAACAAAAGGAAGAAAAAAUAGGCAGUGGGGAGUGGUAAGUUCGCCAUCUGUGGAACCAACAUGGAGUUUACUGAUUUGUUGUUGACAAUUAAAAAUCUUGUCUUAAUAAAUUUGACCUGAAAUUGUCUGAAUAAACUUUAAAAACUUAUACAGAAAGCACAUUGUUCAAAUUGAUAACCAGAAUUCAAAGAAUAUGACUUCCAUUACAAGUGAGAUGGGUCAUAUAUACUAUGUUGCCGAUGAUGUCAUCACUUCCAUUGUUUGCAGGUAAUUUCUUAUCGAAUUACACUCUUACAUCAUUUCUUCAAGCAAGUCCGGCAUGCGGAUCUGAGAAUUUUAA